AUGCAUAUUGAAUGUAUCACAAAACGUAUUUUAAAGAAGAAAUUGAAACGUCAAAAAGAUGCAAGUGAUGACUCAUUUGCUUUAGAAUUAGAUCUCAACUUUUCCAUUUUUAUUUCGCUGAAAGCGAGAAAAAGGAAAGAACAGUCGUUUCGACUUCAAAGACCAACUGUUCCACCAUAUUUCAAGAUUAUACAAACAUUAACUGCCAUAAUUAUAGUGAUAAGUCAUUAUUAUUGUGAUUAA